UUAUUAAUAUCUCUACUCAACUUUCAGUCUUCCUUCAACUCAAUACUUCAGUUGGGUUGUUCACUCUAUAAGUUCACAACACUCUCAGCUCAAAGCUUCAAAACAAAAAAACCAUUUUUGGGUUGAAAAAUGGGUAUUUACAUGAGAGAAGCAUUGGUUUGGGCAUUUGCAUUGGCAUUAGCCAUUGGUGGUGGGGAUGCUCAAAAUUCAUCAACACUCGUGCCAGCAAUCAUAACAUUUGGCGACUCCGCUGUGGAUGUUGGGAACAAUGACUAUAUCCCCACCAUUUUCAAGGCUAAUUACCCACCUUAUGGGAGAGAUUUCGUCAACCAUAAACCAACUGGAAGGUUUUGCAAUGGCAAAUUAGCCACUGACCUCACUGCUGAUACACUUGGGUUUACAACAUACCCACCAGCAUAUCUCAGCCCACAGGCCUCUGGAAAAAACCUUCUUAUUGGAGCCAAUUUUGCUUCUGCUGCAUCUGGCUAUGAUGACAAAACAGCCGUCUUGAAUCAUGCAAUACCACUGUCACAACAGUUGGAGUAUUACAAGGAGUACCAAGGAAAGCUAGCACAGAUAGCAGGGAAUCAAAACGCAGCAUCAAUUUUGAAAGAUGGAUUAUACAUACUGAGUUUUGGAAGCAGUGACUUUCUUCAGAACUACUAUGUCAAUCCUUUCAUUAACAAAGUCCUCACUCCUGAUCAGUAUUCCUCUUACCUUGUCGGCAUUUUUUCUUCCUUCAUUAAGGUUCCUACCAAACUCUCUUUACUUUUGUUAGAAUGGUAAGUUUAGGUUUCACGAAAAAUAUAUGGCAAAAAUUAUAACGAAGGCAUGGCCAGUCAAUCGGCUAGCUGACCGACAAGGCUUAGGAUUGACUAGCUGGUCAACCGGUCAUGUCUUUGUUAUGAUUUUUGCCAAACAUAUUUUGUGAUUUCGUAGUA